UAGAACGAUCCAGUCAGAGUACGACUUCUCAUCGGCUUCACUGCUGCCUCCUGUGGCUGUGUCCGUCUUCUGUUAUGUUUUCACUCAGAGAAUUUAUGCUGUGAAAUUAUGUGCUGAGUGACAUCUAGACCAUAUCCCAAGCGACUGCGGAGAAUGGAAACGAGCGGCAAUCACAGAUCGGACGGAGAUGAUGGCGACACGACGUCACUCUCGGAGGACUACUACAGUCGGAGCGUGGAUUUCAGAGGUGACAGAGUCCCAGUCGCUCUGUUCAACCGGCUGCAGAGGAAGAGGAAUCUGGCAUGUGCUUCCAUCCUCUUCACGGUGUUCGCGGAGAGAGUUGCCUUUUACGCCUUGUCCGGCAAUUUGUAUCUCUUCCUAAAUCACCAUCCCUUGGCAUGGACAUCGACCAGUGCAAUGACAGCACUUUUAGUUUUCACGGGGACUGCCUUCGUCGGCGCCUUCCUCACGGGUUACCUCGGAGAUGCCCUGGGUCGUUUCAGGAUAAUUUUGGUGUCUCUUCUCGUCUACAUAGUUGGACUGAUUGCGUUCGUCGCAAUAGCUCAAUACCAGAACGGUAGAGGGGGCGAUUUCAUCGGACUGUGUCAUAUAAAGAACCGAACCAACAUCUUAGCUUCUUCGAGCUUACUAUCCUCGCUUUACCCACAAACGGAAUCGGAAGCAUCCUCGCACGGCAGAGGCGCGACUAUGCAGUGUGGAGCCACGAUAUAUGUUCUACUUGUGAUAACAGGACUCGCGUCGAGCGGGAUCAAAGCUAACGUGGUACCUUUCGGAGCUGAACAGGUCAAACAGGAGAAUCGCAUGGCUGUCCGACGCUACUUCACCAUCUACUAUUGGGUUGUCAAUAUAGCUGCCUUCCUGUCGAUCCUUAUACUGUCGUACAUCCAACAAAGCACGUCAGGCGGUUUCGGUUUGGGAUACAUCAUCCCGACCGUCAUCCUCGUCCUUGCUUUCUUCCUGUUCUGGAUUUCGAAAGGCUUAUUCGUGCAAGAACAGCCCGAACCUCCUAUUCUGUACAACAUUUUCCAGGUUCUGGUCGAGGCUUGGCAGCAGAAUCGUGUGCAUCAGAGACCCCCCAACCGUCAAUGGUUGGAUGCGGCGAAGAUUGAGUUCGGUGGACGUUUCGAUAACGAACUCGUAGAAGAUGUGAAACAGCUGAAAUUCGUGCUCGGAGUCUUCGCGCUGCUCAUACCUUACUGGGUGGUGUAUUUCCAGAUGCAGACGAGUUUCCAGGAACAAGGGCUGCACAUGCGGCUGCUGCCAUCGUCGAUGUUCGCCCCGAUCAACCAGUCUGAUGCAUUCACGAUCCCAGCCGCUUGGUUGACUCUGUUCAACGUGAUGUUCGUCAUCUUGUUUGUACCAGUCUUUGAGAAAUGCAUCUAUCCGUCCUUGGAAAGUCGACAGAGCAGCCCGUCCAUCAACUUGCGAAUGUUCCUCGGUCUCCUCUGCGCAGUGUUAGCCAUGCUAUGCGCGGGAGGGGUCGAAGUCAAGCGACUCGAAUUAGUUCAUGAGAAUCGAACAAUUGUUCAGAUAAUCGAUAAAACCGACUACGUUGCCGCAGACAUGUGGGUCUUCUGGCAGAUACCCUCCUACUUCUUUGUGGGUCUGUCGGAGAUUCUCGCAUCGAUAUCAGGCGUUGAAUUAGCUUAUAGCCACGCACCGGUUUCUAUGCAAGGCAUCGUGAUGGGAUUGUUCUACCUUUCAACGGGAAUCGGCUGUUUCGCGGGUUCGCUUCUGCUCUCGCUGGUCUCGCCGUACUGGUUGAACUCGAGUCCGAACACCUCGAGACUAGAUCUCUUCUUUUGGCUCCUCGCUGGAAUUCAGCUGGUGUCGUCCAUCCUCUUCUUCCUCUGUGUCGUGCGGAGGAGCCGCAAUCUUUUCAUCAAUACUUAUGCAUCGAUUCAGUGAAAAGCUCCUCUGAGCGCCGCAGGAAUUGUACACGCAGCUUCGAAACCGAGUCGGGGAGGCGUAUUGAGUCCCAUCGCGUAAGCCAGAUCAUCGGAGUUCCAACAUAACGUGUGUAGAAGAUCUAGAAGCCCCGACAGAAGUCCGAAAGACUGAAAGCCCCUCCAAAGUGCCGGGACAGCGCCCCGACACGUUGAAAUAUGUAGUCUACCUACCGAAUGCCAUAAUUUUACAGCGAAACCUUGUACUUGAAACCGUGAAGACUUCUGAGCGGCUCGAGGGGGUAAACUUUUAGCAGAGUGAGAUCAAUUCGCACAAAAGACACAGUGUUGUCCCCGGAGGAAUCUUCCGGCAUCGCCCAGAAGAAUCAUCGUCCACCUAAGUACAUAUAUCGAAAUGCCAUCGGCGACCGAGCUUUGAAAGGCGACAUGGAAAGACAUUCCCUAUGCUCGAUUAUCCCAUCGGGUCCGCCAAGGGCGGACUCGUAUCGUUACUCGUAUCGUUGUUUGGGAUCUCCGGAAAUGAAUGUUACAACGAUCCCUGAGGCAAUCCCAAAGAUUGAGUGAUCGCUCCGAAUCAUAGAUACAAGAGAAGUCUAUGGAGAGGACUGCGGAACGAACUUUCCGAUGUAAUAAAGUUUUUACAU